GCUGUAUCAACAAAGAACCAUUGUCAAGAGUAGAAACCUGCUCAGCUAUUGGAUCCUGGGAUUUUGCAACAACUUCACGUACUGGGUGUUGAUCACGGCCGCCGUUGACAUCCUGGCGCGGACCGGCGACGCAAGCCGGAAGACGGCCGGCGCCGGCGUGUACACGGCGCCGUACGACAACUUCACAGAGGCGUCGCUGGGCACGCGUGAGAUGCGCCUUCAGAAGUGCCAGACCACCUCCACCGGGGCGCUACUGGUGGCCGAGACGCUGCCAGCCGCCUCCAUCACACUGUCGGCGCUGUUUUUCCUGCGGCUGCCGGUGAACGUACGCGUGCUGCUGGUGGUGACUCUCUGUCUGCUCAGCUACCUGACGCUGGCCUUCUCGGCGUACGUGUGGCUCGACUUCGCCGGCGUGCUGUUCGCCUCCGUCAGCCGCGGCCUCAGCGACAUCACCUUCCUGGCCUACGCUGGCCAGUAUGAGAGGGACGUGCUAUCCACCUGGUCGUCGGGCACGGGCGUCGCCACAUUCGUCGGUCCACUGCUUUACUCAGGCAUGACGUCCACCGGCCUGAACCCGCGGCGCGCGCUGCUCUCCAUGGUGUUUGUGCCGCUGCUGAUGGGGCUCAGUUUCUGGGUUAUCCUGGCGCGGCCUCACGACACCGCGGAGGCCGCCGGCCGCCAGCUGAAGCAGCUGCAGGCUCGCCAGGCCCAGCCGGCCGAGGCCAAACUCGGCGCCCGCCUGCUCAAGAGGCUGCAGAUCAUGCGCGCCGCUUCAAAAUUUAUUCUUCCUCUCUUCAUGUUCUACCUAGAGAUGUACUUCAUCGGCUCCGGUCUGCUGGAGCUCAUCUACUUUCCGGGCAUCUGGCUGACGCCGUCACAGCAGUACAACUGGUACAUCACGAUCCAGUGCUUUGGCGUGAUGCUGUCGCGCUCCGGGCAUCGGCUGUUCCACACGGACCGUCUCUGGGCGCCGGUCGUGUGUCAGGGCCUUGUUCUGGUUCUGCUACUGCUGGCCGCAUGCCUACGUUUUCUCCCAAGUGUAUGGAUCAUGUUCGCGAUCCUUUUGAUACAAGGCCUGAUGGAAGGGACGCAGUUCAAAUCGACAAUGUUUACCAUUUACAACGAGGUGGACGAGGUGGACCGCGAGGAGUGCCUGGCCAUGAUGCCAAUGUCGUUCUUCUUGCCUGCGGUGAUGUCGGGCCUGCUGGCCAUACCCGUGCACGACGCGCUCUGCAGGCUCGUCUAGGCGGCUGCUGGGUAGAGUGAGCUGCGAAGCUGACGGUCGACCCGAGCGCACCGUCGCGGUCUGUAGCGACGGCUGGGGGUGGUGAGAUGGGUGUGGCGGUGCCGCUCGGCCCCCGCGACACUGCCCAACCGCGCCCGGCGCCGCUGCGCCGGCAGAGGCCGCGCCCGUCCGCGGCGCCGACUCCGAUGUCACCAAGACAGGUCUCUGUCUCUGUGAAGACAGGCCUGCGUCUCCACAAGAAUAUAACUCUGUCGCCGGAAAGACAUGUCUUCGCCACCAUGAGGGCAGUUCGUAGUCUCAUCAGCACCUGGCGGCGUCUCCAUCAGAACCAAACGUCGUAUCCACCAGUACUACUCGCCGGUCUGAAACCCGAAUGUGUGCAACGACAUACCGGCCAGGUGAACAACAUCCUGAACAGGCUCUUGGUAUCCCGCUGCCCGGUCGUUCCACUCGUGUUCUUCACAUGCAUGUUUGUGUCAGUGGCUUAUUGUUGUAAAAUGUUUGAAACGUUCUGUAUGUUGUGCAACUCGUUUCUACCGUACCUGUGGAAAGGAUGGAAAUUUUGCUUGCAACUUUCAAGUUGCAAGACGUUCCCUUGAGCCGCGAGUUCGUACCACGGGAGAGAAUGCUCCCUUGGGCUUGCGAUAAAUUUGAGAGAAAGCAUCCGUCACUUCCUGCUGACAUCGCGGGUGGCACUGCCAUCACCGCUUGUUUCACACUGUGCCUUGUUCAUGUCACGUACAAUGUAAAGCAGCAACAGCUGCAGAGCCUGAACACUACAGUUCAUGCGUCAAUCACAGCACCAACACAAUCGUGUACGCAGGCUCACGCAGCCAGAUAUCGAAAUACGCUCGCCUACAUGCUUUAAGCACUGUAAAUGCGUGCGUGCAUGCGCGCGUGCUUGCGUGCGCCCGCACGUGCGUUCGUGCAUGCGUGCGUAUGCGUGUCUGUGUAUGUGUGCUCGGGAGCGAGCACUUGAACUCAAUGUUCCCGACUGCUACUCAUUUUAAAGCGAUUCUUCAUGCAUUGUGUUCCUAAAUGAACCUGUACGUAUCGCUUGGGGCCUUCUAUGCAUGACGGCGCGCUGGGCGUCUCGAGUCGUUGCAUCAUCGAGUGCAGCAAGUCGAUGUGUUUGAUCAUCUACGAUUUGAAGGAGAAAAGUUAUAUCUAUAUAAACCGAUGUUUGUUCUCUCAUGUUUUGCGGGAGGUGUAGAACAUGUGAUGAGGGAAUGUAAAUCAAAUAUUGAUGCAAUGUUACCUUGAAGCGUCGCGGUUUGUGUUUGCAAUUAAAUAGAAACUCUAUGUGAAGAAUUCGAAAAGAUAGGAAAGUGGUAUUGGGAACAACCGCAAUGCAAUAUGUGUAAUCAAAAUAUACAACAAA